GUUCACUUCCAGAUGCCCAUCGAUGCAAGUAGAUCUUGGCGUGCACAUGAUGAAACAAUCCUCGCUAAGGAAGGCCUGAUCAAGAUACGUCUCUGCCUUGCCCUUGAGAAUCCAGACCGACUGCCCGCUCUUGAUACAUUAUCUUCCCAGACUCUCUCAGAAAGUGGCUGCCGUGAGCAGUUCGACUGCCCCAAAUGGCAGCCGCACCGCCCAUUUCACUAAGCCACGCAGCUUUCGCGGAUUUCCUUGCUUCUGAUCCUGAGCUGUCAGUAUUUAGAAGUUUCCAAGCUCUAAGCGCUCGGAACCUCCUUCACCUGCAGUCGAAAAUGCUGGACAUCGAAGCCGAGCUACAAAAGUCUGACGAUGAUGACGCCACAAACGUCGAUGAUGCUAGCCGUCUCGCUACCAAGUGCUGGGAAGUGUUUGCAUUAAGAGCUCAAGAAAAGGAUUCAAAAGAGGCCAAGAAGAUGGCUCUUGUGAAUCGACUGCAACAAACCAUCAAAGAAUACCAUGAAGCUUUGCUUCUGCGAAGCCAAGUAAUGAAGUUCACAACCCCCAACGACCGAGUCUUCCGCGUCUUCCAAGGCUGGUUCGACUCCGAACAACCCUUCCUCGGACACAGCCACAAUCUACCAAACAAGCGAGACGACUUCAUCGCCCUCGCCCCAUCAUCAGGCGCAGACUUCCUCACCCGAAACCUCGAAGAUCUCGCAGGGAGAUACCUAGCAGGAAAACGACACAAGGAAACAACAGAAGUAAAAUACUACUCCGCCCACCUCGUAACCCGCCUCGUCACGAUCAUCACCGUCCUCGCCGCCUCCCUCGUCAUCCAAGCCGCCAUCGUCACCCUCUACCUCGUCCGCAACGAGGUCCUGCGCCUCUGCAUGAUCGCCGUCUUCACCAGCGUCUUCGCGGCCAGCUUAGCCGUCAUGACGGACGGGCGGAGGACGGAUAUCAUUCUGGCGACGGCGGCCUGCGCGGCGGUGCUGGUGGCUUUUGUCGCGCAGGAUUGAGAUUUAUAGCAGCUUUCGGAUUCGGGUUUCCUGGUUUGGUGUCGAUUGUACAAGUCGCAAGCUGGGAGGUUCAGGCCUGAAUCUGAUGGCCGGAUGUCAGCUUCUUGGGAAGGGAUACCUAUUUGCAUGACUACUGAGGUUCUUGGGAAGUUAGACCUCUUCUCCGGCGUAGAGACGACUGACGCCGAUCUCGUAUGAGGUGUGACGUUGUGGGUCCGGCCGGGAAACAGAGAACGGGCUCCGGCCGCCGGCCCCACCAAGCGUGAGGGGUCACACUCAACGAUGAGAGCACUCCGAGACGAAUAAGUCGAUCUCGGCGUUAUACGUCAUCUUGGUGACAGUGAUGGCGGUG